GACGCAGGCCCGGGGAGCGCGGGGAGGGAGGCACUCGCCUCCUUCACCCCAACCGGGCCUCCCUGGUGCCAGAAGAAAAUCCUUGCUGCAGCUGCCUCGUUAACCAGCUCGCUGCCGACACCCCCGCCUGUGCCGCUGCCUGCGCCGGGGUCUCCGCAUCCCAGAGCCAGCAGCCCUUGGCGGAUGCUGGCAUGGAGCUCAACCCGCUCACGGCACCCACAGAGCCCCAGCUGCGGGUUUGGGGGGUUUUCCCACUUUUUCACAUCUUUUUCACCCAGCUCUGGUUGGGUGGGAGGAUGGUGCUGGCCCGGGGGGGGCGGAUCACAGCUUCAGCGGGGGUGAAACUGCAGAUCGAAGCAUCCCUUGCCCCAGCAGCACCCCACGGCUGGGGGGUCCCUGCCCCUGCCAGGAUGGGGCCAGCGACCGGGAGCCGGGCGGGUUGCACGGGCCGGAGCAAACCCGAGCAGGGCUGGGCCGGGCUGGGCUGGGCUGGGCCGAGCCUGGGCGAUCCGCCCCCGUCCCCGCCCGCCCGUCCCCGCCAUGGCGGCGGCGUUCACCGCCCUCCGCGUCCUGCUCGGGCUCUUCUUCCUGCUGACGGGCGCCGUGAAGCUCUCGGACCAGCUCUCGGCCGACCUGCACCGGCACAUGAAGUUGCAGUUCGUGCGGUUUGCCGAGGUCUUUCCCCUGAAGGAGUUUGGGUUCGUGCCGGAGCCGGGCUGGUACCUGGAGGUGGUGGGCUGGGUGGAGGUUGUGGCCGGGCUGCUGCUGGCAUUUGGGCCCCAGCUCCUGCAGGAGAUCAGCAACUUCGUCCUCAGUGUCGUCAUGAUCGGUGCCAUCUACACGCUGCUGGUGCUGAGGGAGCCCCUGGCCAUGUGCACCCCUGCCACCCUCUGCCUCGGCCUCCUCCUGCUGCUCAACAUCCGUGGGCACGCGGACCCCACCAAGCCCAAGUUUGAGUGACCGGAGGCGGGAAGGAUGGACGGCUCAGCCAGCGGGAUGCGAUGCCCUUAUGGUAGUUUUGGGGACGGCAUCUUUUCCCAUGGGUAACUUGCUGCUGAGGCAUGGUGUGUCCUCUCCUGCCACUGCUGGGGACCCUGGCACUGGUUGUCCCCAUGCUGCGGGGACCCAGAGUGGUGCUUUGGGACAGUGGCUGUGGCACUGCCGCCGCUCCGGCAGCUCCGUUGAUAAUUCGCACAAGGUGUCCAGCUCUUCCCAGCAUUUGGCCAUGCUGGGUUGGGGCUCGCUCUGCUCGCCUGAGGGGUUUUGUAUUUUGGAAUAAAGCCUCUUGUUUUUCA